AUGACUUCCGCUCAUACGGUCAUGCCGUUGCCAACAGAUGUCCUGCUCAUGGUUCUCGAACGUCUCGACUUCAAACUCUCCCCGUCGCCCACCCUCAUGAACGACAUGCACGCCCAUAAUAGUCAUUCAGCUCUGGAUUCGCAUAGUUUGCGAGCGUUUAGCGAGGUGUGCAAAUUGUGGGCAUCCCUGGCACAGCCUUUGCUGUUCCGCCACGUCGUAUUGCACAGGGCAAGACAGGUUUAUAGGUUUCUUGCUGCGACCAAGAGCUCGACGAAACGCGGCAGGCAACUGAGGGCAGCAGUAUGCAGAAUCACGAUCUACCUUGGCUCCGAAACAUCCUUCCGCGCGGAACUAUACGGCAUGGGUUAUCUUCAGCAGAAGUAUUUGACGGAACGUCCCAACUCAAGAGAAUUCAGCAAACUACUGCGGUCGUGGCCUCCGUCGAGCCUAUACCAACUCUGCGUGUUGUCCGUCAAGGGAAAGCCUGGAUCGCCCCUCUCUACGAUCGAGGCACAGCGGGAUACAUUCGGGCUUGACAAAAACGAAAUGAAGAGAAUCAAAAAGGCGCUGUCUGUUACCUGCCUUACGCUUCACUCAUGUUCGGAGAAACCCGAUCUCACCCCCUGGGAGCUGCUCCCCUUGUUCGCACCUACGGUCCGGUCGCUGGCUCUCAUCGGAACAGGGCGCCUACCGGACUACAAUGGGCCGGCGCUUUCAGAACUUCGCCUGACCGAGUUCAUCUGGACGAAACCGGACCCCGGUGGUUGGAACUUCGUUCCUCGUCUGCUCUCCAAUUCUAUCGGCCAUUUGAAGUCACUCGAGAUACACGGGCGGAAGGUUCACGUUGGCGAAGUUGUCCGGCAGCACCGAACGGACCUCGAGUCGCUCCGUUUGAGUCGCUUGAGUGCCUCCAAGUUCCCUGCCCAAAUCUGGUCGGAGUUUCCUAGGCUUAAGGAGUUGAUCUUAGAGAAGGUCUCGGAUUAUUCUGCCUCCGGUCAGGGGAGGUCAUUGCUAUCCCUUCCGACGACAUUACAGCAUUUGGCAGUGGACGGGCUGCAAGGUUUCGAGGAGAGCAAGGAAAAUUUGGGGGUUUUUUUGGCGGUCGUACGACGCCUGCCCAAUUUACGCGCAGUUACGGUCACGGAAAAGGACGCUCGUAUCAUAGCGGUUGAGUGUACAAGACGUGGUAUCGAGGUCCGAACUGCGUACUGGUUGUCCCUCUACUCGCAUCGUAUCGUUGGGUCGUGGGGCCCUUCCUUCAAGUCACCAGAUGUCUGGUCUGUGUGCACAGUGUACCGAGCGCAGCCCCCAAUGACACAUACCUGUGUCAUCAGUAACGGGAAAGCAGUAUUGAUCAUUUCAAAGGAUUGGUCCGGCGGGGGUGAGGGCGUUAAUUCCCGGGCGAGCAUCAUCGUUCUGCGCACCUUUGGCCUCUCGCCUGUCGUCAUGAGUAAACGAUGGCCGGAGGACCUUCUCUUCAUGAUACUCGGACAUCUUGACUUCGAACUACAAGAUGCAGUGUCGCCCAUCGGCAGCCCAAAUAUGAUGCAUGGAUACAACGGCGAUCCUGUUCUAGACCUCCGCCCGCUGCGAGCCUUCAGCGAAGUUUGCCGGCUGUGGGCGGCACUGGCAGCCUCUACAGUCUACUCUUCCGCCACGUCGUUUUGUCCACAAGGAAACAAAAUGACAAUCCACGUUGGCAACGAGCGAACUUCGUCGGAAAUGCGGACCAACGCGGACGUCGGAGACGAAGUCAGUUCACCAGAUGACUUGUCUAGGCGUCCCAACACGAGAGACCUUGUGGAAACCUUGCAGUCAUGCCCUCGCCACCUUUACCACCUCUGUGUAAAAUCGAUGAAAGGGCAGGACAACUCUCAAGGGAUAGCUUUGUUCUCCCUUGAUGAGGAGGUGUUGAUGCAGCUCACUGCGCCCCCUGUCAUUGAAUAUCUCACCAUUGCUACAUGGGCAGAUGAUGGAGACCGCACACCUUGGCAGCUCCUCCCCAUAUUUGCAUCUACGAUUCACGGCCUCGCACUCAUCGGCGGGGGUCGCAUACCGGACUACGACGGAUCACCGCUUCCCCAGCUCCGGCUCAAGGAGUUUACUUGGAUGAAAACACGCUUAGCAGGCUGGCACACCGUCACGCCUCUUAUUCUCGCGAGCUCCGUCGGCCAUCUAAAGUCCCUUGAAAUACGAGGGCCGAAGGUUCCGGUAGGGAGGUUGCUCCGCCAGCACAGAAAUUACCUCGAGUCCCUCCGUUUAGCUGGUAGAAAAAAAAAAUACCCGCGGCUCAAGGAGCUUAUCCUCAAUAAUGUAUGGGAUUAUUCAGCCGCAAGCCAAGGACCUUCUCUGCUCUCCCUGCCAGAAACGCUGCAGCAUUUGGCAGUAGACGCGUUGCAGAUGAACAAGGAGAACCUGGAUCUUUGGUUGGAGAUCAUCAGACGCCUGCCGCACCUGCGCGUGGUCACGGUCUCUGACGGCGAGUCUCCGAUCAUGAAGGCGGAGUGUGCAGUGAGGAACAUCGAUCUACAGUCUGAAUUUUGGAUGCGGGCCCGAACAGUGCGAAUGGAAGCAGGCAGUCAAAAUAUACAUGAGGACCAAGGCAAAAAUCCUAGUGCGCCCGACGAGAAAUGCGAUGAUUGGUCCCUACUGGGCAUUAUCGGGACUUCUAUAGAGCAACUCGGUCGAGUAAUUUGGUCCUGUGGGUGA